UCUGAACAGACGUAUUUGGAACAGUGGAAGCUAGCAUAAAUAUUUGGUGCGAGAAGUAUUUUAUUUCAUAGAAUGACCCUUCCGGACGAAUACCCAGAGGAUACUGGAGCCUUGAGUGAGCUGGUUCUGCAUGAAGUGAGGCGGUCACUUGAGAAGUUAUUAAGGGACGCUCACGUUGACCACAGACUGACCACUGGCGUAUAUAACUGUGCUGAAAUGUUGCAAAGGUGCCCUGAUCAAGUUAUGUUAUGUAUCCUGCCGGAUUCUGGACCAGGGCAUGACGUAACCAUAGACAUCGAACACACACUGAUAGAGGCGCAUUGUUGGGAAAACGACGUCAGAGUGUUGAAGGUUGGCAACGCCCACGCCUUGCACAAAGUUCUACAAAAUGACGUAUCACUGAGAGAGAAGAAGAUGGUUUCACGAAAACAGCCCCAGGACAUUGACUUAUCUUGUCUUCUGAUCAAGUACCCGAAGGAAGUCGGAGAGGAAUGUGAAUGGCUGGACGUGGAGAAAUUUUGCAACUGGUGCCUGAAGCACGACGUGGUACAAUACAUAGAUAUACAUACACCCGAUUGAUAUCAACCCUGUAAAUAACAGAGGACUUUCCUAGAGUCAUCAUCUUUGAGAAAUCAGAUACUACGACAGUGGUAUACUGGACAUCAAUACCCCAGAUCUCAUCUAGGUCAGAAUGGUCAAGCUGCACUCCGGCCAUACGUGAUGAAAUGUGUGUGCCCAAGUAAGAGCGAGGUCCGGCCAUGAUAAACUUCGCACCUGGCGAAGUUAUACUGUUUGUGAUCCAGCAAGAGUAAGCGCUACCAGUUUCAGACUACAUGAGGUCAUGAAGUAGAACGUCACAGCAGUUGUACUCUCUGUGCCCAUGAAGAGUUUACAUUGUCAUCGUGUGAUCAUGAAGUAGAACUUCACAGCAGUUGAACUCUCAGUGCCCAGGAAAAGUUUACAUUGUCACCGUGUGAUCAUGGAGUAGAACUUCAUAGUAGUUGUACUCUCUGUGCCCAUGAAGAGUUUACAUUGUCACCGUGUGAUCAUGGAGUAGAACUUCACAGCCGUUAAACUCUCAGUGCCUAGGAAAAGUUUACGUCUUUGUGGUAUGAUGUAGUGGAAAUUCACCGCAUUUGCUGUGUCUGUGUACCGAUAUGGCAAUGACAGACUUGAUGAAGUCAUAAAGUAGAACCUAAUAGCAGUGACACUGUCAGUGACAUGGUUUAGUGUGAAUUAUUAAAACUUUGUGACCAAAUAAAACUGAACAGCCGAAGCUGCAACUUCACGAUACGACGCGAACUUAAUUGUUUGUUAAAGAAGUUUCUGAGACGGACUAAUCGAGCCAGUUUUUAUUAUGUAGAAAUAGAGCCGGUAUUAUCAUAUAUGAUAUUAUAUAGUUGUGAAAAGUCCUCAUGAUUGGUAAAUAUAAUAAUUAGCAUGACAUAAUAUUCAGAAUAUUUGCAAGGGAAUGAUAUAUAAAACUGACAAGUGUAUUAAUAAAGAUAUUAUUGUACAUUUAUAA